AUGGACAGGAUAGAGAUAUCGAACUUGAACAGGCAGUUCCUGUACAGACAGUGGGACAUCGGGAAGCUGAAGAGCGAGACGGCGGCGCAGGCGGCGAGGAGGAUGAACCCGGGGAUGAGGGUGGAGGCGAGGUCGGCGAAGGUGUGUGUGGAGACGGAGGGCGUGUAUGGGGAUGAUUUUUGGGGGUCGUUGACGGCGGUGUGCGGCGCGUUGGACAGCGUGGACGCGAGGCUGUACGUGGACGCGAGGUGCGUGCACUACAGAGUGCCGUUGGUGGACGCGGGGACGUCGGGGCUGAAGGGGAACGUGCAGGUGGUGGUGCCGCACCUGACGGAGUGCUACGCGUCGUCGAGGGAUCCGCCGCCGAAGGAGACGCCGGUGUGUUUGCUGCACUCGUUCCCGAACAAGAUAGAGCAUUGCUUGCAGUGGGCGAGGGAGCAGGUGUUCGAGGGCCAUUUCGUGGAGCAGCCUAGGACGGUUAACGACUACCUCACCAAGUCGAACUACCUCGAGACUCUGCCAUCGACGCUGAGGCUCUCGGUGCUGGAGACGCUAGAGAAGGCGCUAUUGGAGCCGCCGAAGUGUUUCGACGAGUGCGUCGACUGGGCUCGGCGACUAUUCGAAUCUCUCUACAACCACCAACCCAGACAGCUGCUGCGCAACUUCCCUCCCGACCACUGCGACGCGAACGGGGUCUACUUCUGGAGCGGCGCGAAGAGGCCGCCGAGGCCGCUGGAGUACGACGCCGACAACGAAGCGCACCUGGACUUCGUGGUGGCGGCCGCUUUCCUGAAAGCGUACGUGUUCGGCGUGCUCGAGAGCGAGCUGAAACCCGGGACCGGUCUCGAUCGGCGGCGGCCCCCCCCCUUCGCUCCGAAGCUUGCCGCCCCCGGCGAGCCCGAACGCGCGCCCGAGGACGAGGAAGAAGUGGCGGAGCGCAUCCGCAGCCUGCUCCCCCCCCCCUCGAGCGUCUCUUGGCGCGCCCGUGUGGUGGAGUUCGAAAAAGACGACGACCGAAACUUCCACAUCGACUUCAUCAGCUCGGCCAGCAACCUCCGCGCGACCGUUUACGACAUCCCUCCCGCCGACCGUCUGACGAGUCGACUGAUCGCCGGCAAAAUCAUCGUCGCGAUCGUGACGACCACCGCCGCGGUCGCCGGGCUCGCGUGUCUCGAACUGUACAAAAUCUUCCAGCGCUCGGAGGGCGAAAAAAAAAAAAUCGAACAAUUCCGCAACAGCUUCCUCAACCUCGCCCUCCCCGUCAUCCAGCAAUCAGAGCCCCUCCCCCCCCCCCUGCUCCACUUCCGCGGAAAGCCGUUCACCCUCUGGGACCGCCUCGAGAUCCGCGUCGGCGACGUGACCCUGGAGCGCGUGCUGGAAUGGUUCAAGGAGGAGCAGCAACUCACCGUCAACUUCAUCACCGUCGGCCCCUCGCUGAUCUACGCCAGCUACGCCGUCUCCAAGGCCAGGGAGCGACUCAAGCAAAACUUCAAGGACCUCGUGUCCCAGGUCAGCGGGCGCCCGCUCGACCCCCACAAGCGCUGGUUCUACCUCCAGGUCCUCGGCGACGACCCCGACGGCAACCAAGUCGAGGACAUGCCCCCCGUCUCGUACCACUUCGCCUGA